AUGAACAAGUUCGUCCAACGAGGACUAUUCCUCCACAUUUAUCCAUGCAUUUUGGUGGUGGGAAUGGUGGUAAAUAUGAUAGUGGAUCGUUCUCAGUUGGACCAUCAACGAGAAACGUAUUAUCUUUUAUCUUCGAAAAACUGGGCCAACCAAAUAUUCGCGUAUCGUGGGAACUUAAUUUGGACCGCUUUGUAUAUAUUCCUAGCAUGCUUUCAGCUGUACAUUCGCCUUUCUAGAGCAGAUUCGCUACCCGUUGACGUUCGAUCUGCUCAGGAAAGACAUCUCGCUAAAACGGUAAAGCCUUAUAUAGUGAAGCUGGGUCUGAAAAACCUGAUAUUGAUGGUGAUUUUCCUUUUCAUCGACAGGGUGUUUGUGUGGACCGGUGGCUCCUGUUCUACCAGUGACACCAAAUCCGCGGAAACGUGUCGACGCCAGCAUGGACAAUGGGCCCACGGAUUUGAUAUUAGCGGCCACUUUUGUUUUCUGACCACCGUAAGCUUAUUGCUAUGGCUCGAGUUACGUGCGGCCUACCGCUACAUGGCAGUUAACGAGAUCUCGAGCACGCGGAUAUGGGCUUGCAUCCAAGCAGGAGUUGGGGCCGUCGUUCUGGUGUGGGCUUUCCUGUUGUGUGUUACGGCAAUUUACUACCACACUUUCGCUGAGAAACUGCUGGGUCUUUUGGUGGGUUACAUAUGCCCCGCAAUUCUCUAUUGGGUGAUCCCAUGCCACCAGAAGUUGAAUUCAGUGUUUUAUUAG